AUGGCCCACACAUCGUUCCAUCUCAGAAACCUUGUUGCUCUCCUGCUGCUGAUGAUCUUAUUGGUCGUCACUCAUGUGCUUGCCUUCUCUCAAGAAGAAACUGUUCACAUACCCGUGGUUGCUUUUUCUAUUACAAAUUUCACACGUGAUGAUGAAAUGGGUCAUAUCAUGAUUCCGUCCGCACAACAAACUACUGAAGCCAUGGCCUCCUUCCAACAACCAAGACAAUCUUGUUCUUGUCCUACUUGCAAUUGCAAUGUGGAUCCUGUUUGUCCAAAAUCCAUACCAGCUAGUACCUAUGUGGUGGCCUCAUCGAUUACAUGCUCUUCCGAUCAAGCUCCUGGCAUUGGUUUGGUCAAUAUCAUUGAUACCAACAACAAUGGCUUUACCUAUUAUUUGGUUGAUGAAAAUAACAAGAACAAGGCUGUCAGUAAUCAACAAUUUUCCUAUUCGACGUAUAAGAGUAUUCCAAGCGGUACGGCUCAAGUUUCCUGCAUCAGUGAUCCUUAUCCAGCCUUUCGUUUUCAGGACCCAGUUGGCAUGUACAUGUUAGUUCGUUCUUCCAAUGCUGUCUUUAGUUCUGCCAUUCGAUUCAAUGUUCAAAUGAGUUGUGUCACUCCUCCUUACACUUCUUCAUACACCUAUCAUCAAAAUGGAAGAGUUUACCUUGGAAAAUCAAUCACCAUGUAUACUGAAUUGAGAAAUCGAUUAGGUAAUGCUGAUGAUUGGCAACAAGGUACUUUACAAUGUACCAAUUGUCAAUCCGGCUCAUCCUCAAGUACAGGCAUUGUAAACGGUAAAGGAAGUGUGACCUAUACACCAACGAGUACUGGAUACAUGACUCUGUCAUUGACAUAUACUCCAAAUGCUGGAAUUUAUGGAUCGUCACAAUCAUUCAAUUCUCCUUCUUUUUAUGUGUAUCAAAUUGGACAAUAUGGUUCGAUCACAGUUCCAUCCAAUUCAUUCAAGACAGGAUAUAAUUUUACAGUCCAAUAUCAAAUUAGAGAUUCUGACAAUAGUAUCACACCCGAAUUAGAUCCUCGUCUCGUGAAAGUGGAGUCCUUUUAUAGCAAUUUGAAUACUGUGAAUAAUGACAUUAGUUGUGUAAUUACUUCGACCUCAGGAAGUGCAAGUGUUGAAUGUAUGCCAAAAGUUGCGGAUCGAUGGUACAUCUUGACACUUUCGUACAAUGGAAAGCUACUUGCUACGAGCUCAAAUUUCAAUACCGUAUUUGGUAGAGCUGUGAAUGGUGCUUGUGGUAUUAAUUUUGGAAGUUUUGGAUGGUUGAUGGUCGUCAGUUUGAUCCUCGUAUUAGCGAAUUCUUGUAAUCUUCUUUUUUAA